AGCAGCAUAGACAGCAGCAUGCAUUGAAACCAGACAUAAGGGAGGUGCCAGGACUACAAUCCCCAAAAUGCUGUGCGGCUCCUCCGAACAGGUCGCUGUUCAGUGACACACAGGCCGGCACUCCUCCACUAUCCAGCAAGUGCCAGAGACAGUCAUAAUAAUAACAGGCGGCAGCAGCAGCAGCAGCAGGAAGCGUGGUUGGUUCCAUUGCACAACUCCGGACCCUAGAUACACUGUGCAAGCAUCCAUGGCGCUGGCAGGACCCCUCAAAGUGUGCAUCGUGGGCUCAGGAAACUGGGGCUCUGCUGUUGCCAAAAUUAUAGGAAACAAUGUGAAAAGUCUGCAGAAAUUUGCACCUACUGUCAACAUGUGGGUGUUUGAAGAAAAUAUUAAUGGGAGGAAGCUCACAGACAUCAUCAACACUGAGCAUGAAAAUGUUAAAUAUCUCCCUGGCCAUAAACUACCUGACAAUGUGGUUGCCAUCCCAAAUCUCACUGAUGCAGUGAAUGGCGCUGAUCUCCUCGUCUUUGUUAUUCCGCAUCAGUUUAUACAUAAGAUCUGCCAGGAGAUCUCCGGGAAAGUGCACAAGAAAGCUCUUGGGAUAACGCUUAUCAAGGGUAUAGAUGAAGGCCCAGAGGGUUUGAAGCUGAUUUCUGACAUUAUCCGUGAGCAAAUGGGGAUUGAUAUUAGUGUGUUGAUGGGAGCCAACAUUGCAAAUGAAGUGGCAGCUGAAAAGUUCUGUGAGACAACAAUAGGCAGCAGAGUCCUUCAAAAUGGGCUUUUGUUCAAAGAACUUUUACAAACUCCAAAUUUCCGUAUAACUGUGGUGGACGAUGCUGAUACCGUGGAAUUAUGUGGUGCCUUGAAGGCCAAAUGUGUAUUGCAAAAUAUCGUGGCAGUGGGAGCUGGGUUUUGUGAUGGCUUGAUGUGUGGAGAUAACACCAAAGCUGCAGUUAUCCGUCUAGGACUCAUGGAGAUGAUCGCAUUUGCUAAAAUAUUCUGCAAAGGCCAAGUAUCCACCUCCACAUUCCUGGAGAGCUGUGGAGUUGCCGAUCUCAUCACCACGUGUUACGGUGGACGCAAUAGAAAAGUUGCUGAGGCAUUUGUGAAAACUGGAAAGAGUAUUGAAGAACUAGAGCAGGAGAUGCUCAAUGGGCAGAAGCUUCAAGGGCCUCAGACCUCUGCAGAAGUGCACCGCAUCCUGCAACAGAAAGGCCUGGUAGACAAAUUUCCACUUUUCAAUGCUGUUUAUCAAAUCUGCUAUAAAGGAAAGCCUGUGGAAGAAGUUAUUUCCUGCCUACAAAGCCACCCUGAACAUAUGUAAUCUGAAUGUAUACUUCAUGUUUUUUUUUUGCUUUUUUUUUUAGUAUGUUAUGCUGCAAAAAUCAGGAGACCAAUCUCUAUUAACACACAAAACUUUGAAUGUGUAAUGUCUAGUUUGCAACGCGGCUCACUCACUGGAACCGCUUGGUAUUUAACUACAGGGGUGUAGUAUGGCUGACCGGCGGUCUCCUGACCGCCGGUCAGUUUACCGACGCCGGGAUCUCUGCAGCAUACCGAUGCCGGGAUCCCGGCGGGGAGGGGCGAGUGCAGCAAGCCCCUUGCGGGCUCGGCGGCGACCUGCGGUCGCCACGGGUUCUAUUCCCACUCUAUGGGUGUCGUGGACACCCACGAGUGGAAAUAGUCCCUGUUGGUCGGCAUGCCGACCAUCGGGAUACUGAGCCGGCGGGAUGGUGGAGGAGGUCAUGUGACUGUCGUUCAGCAGACCGGCGGUCACAUGAAUACCACCCAACUACAGGAAUAGAUUAUGGAAACAGGACAUCUGUAAGGAAUGUUUUAAUUAAAUGACAUAUGGAAAUGUUUAGUAUUUGUGAGUACAUAUGACCCUGCUACUGCAUAUUGUACAGUUAUUGUAUCGGGAGUAACCUACAGUGACGUCAUGGCUCAGUAUACUGUGUCCUGAGAUGUGAUCUCAGAGUAUACUAGUAAUCCUAUAUACUGAACAAUGUGUUUCUCACAGCAGAUGUCAUGAACAAUAUAAACCUGUUACUCACUGUAUAUUUGACACUUUAAUGUUCUGCCACUUGGAACAUGGAAUUAUUUGUAAGGGCUAUUAUACCUAUGUUUUUAUGAUAUUUUAUUCCUACAAGUCAGAAAUGAUCUGAUAUUUUGGAUGUUUAUUGUACUGAAGGGGCAUUUAGCAAAUCCCUAUAUAUUUCUAGUUCAAAUUAUGAGGGAAAUCCCUUUUUAUGUAUGUAUCUUUUAAGCAUUUAUCAUACAGGUUGAGUCUCCGAAAUCCGAAAAUCCAAACUUGUUUAAGCGCAAUGGAGACAGUGAUACCUUUGCUUUUUGUUGCUACAAUGUACACAGACUGUUACAUGCACAGAAUUAUUACAAAUAUUGUAUAAAAGGACAUUCAGGCUAUGUAUAAGGUGUAUAUGAGAUCUAAUUGCAUUCUGCGUUUAGACUUGGGUCCCAUCACUAAGAUAUCUCAUUAUGCAGAUAUUCCAAAGUACAGAAAUAUCCGAUAUCCAAAAGACUUCUGGUCCCAAUUAUUUUGGAUAUGGGAGACUCGCCCUAUAUAUACUAAGAAUUUAUUUAGACUAAUGCAUAUUUUACACAAUAGCAUUAUGUUUGUUCCAACAUCGUUACUAUAUUCUCUGUACUUUCUAUGGUAUGGGAUAUUGCUAAGGGGGGGUGUUCAAUUAGCACUUUUCGCCCAUUUUUAGGUCAAAUUUACUUUCAAUCUAUUCAAUGCCCGUGCCGUUUUUUUUUUCUUUUUCGACUGGUCGAAAAAUCCGGCACUGGCCAAAUCCACGUGUAUUGGCAAAUUUGCCGCUGAUACACGUGUUCUGGCAAUUACAGGGACGUUUUCGCCCGUUUUUUGCACAAUUUUCACCCAUGCCGGUUUGAUUAAAAAAAAAGGUGAAACAGCAUGGGCGCAAAUGAAUUAAAAAACAGGCGAAAACGCCCGCAAUUUUAUACCCUGUGUCGAAUUAGUGCUGUUUUUCCGACCAGUCCAAAAAAAACAACACUUAAUUGAAUACCCCACUAAGACUGUGCCGUUCCAUUAAACAUAUCUCUAUCUAUCUAUCUAUCUAUCUAUCUAUCUAUCUAUCUAUCUAUCGCUGUAUUUUAUAUGAUAAUGGUGAUACUAUCAGACUAUUAAAGCAUAAUAGUGAGAACUUC